UAGAAGCUGGAAUCAGGUUUCAAUAUUCCCCGCACUGUCCCGAAAAAAGCCGAACAUUUGAACCGGAAGUGAGUAAUAGGAAGUAGGCUACGGAAGACAAUACGGUUACAUCCAAGCGUGGGUUCCGAGGGUUCGGAAUCCUUUGUGCAAACCGGUGUCAGGCGGCAAGGAAGGGGUCCCGAAGCAAAUGGCUUUCCCUGAGCCGAAACCACGGGGCCCGGAGCUGCCGCAAAAACGGGUGAAGACGCUGGACUGCGGGCAGGGGGCAGUGCGAGCUGUACGAUUUAAUGUGGAUGGCAAUUACUGUUUGACGUGCGGCAGCGACAAGACCCUGAAGCUGUGGAAUCCGUUGCGAGGGACGCUACUGCGGACGUACAGUGGCCACGGCUACGAGGUGCUGGACGCGGCCGGCUCCUUUGACAACAGCAGUCUGUGUUCCGGCGGCGGGGACAAGGCGGUGGUGCUGUGGGAUGUGGCAUCCGGGCAGGUCGUUCGCAAAUUCCGGGGCCACGCGGGGAAGGUGAACACGGUCCAGUUUAAUGAAGAGGCCACAGUCAUCCUGUCUGGCUCUAUCGAUUCCAGCAUACGCUGCUGGGACUGCCGAUCGCGGAGGCCUGAGCCAGUGCAGAGGCUGGACGAAGCCAGGGAUGGCAUAUCCAGUGUGAAGGUGUCAGACCAUGAGGUCCUGGCAGGCUCUGUGGACGGCCGGGUGAGGCGCUAUGACCUGAGGAUGGGGCAACUCUUCUCAGACUAUGUGGGCAGCCCCAUCACUUGUACCUGCUUCAGCCGGGACGGGCAGUGCACCCUGGUGUCCAGCCUGGACUCCAUGUUGCGGCUUCUAGACAAGGACACAGGGGAGCUGCUGGGCGAGUACUCGGGCCAUAAGAACCAGGAGUACAAGCUGGACUGCUGCCUGAGCGAGCGUGACACACACGUGGUCAGCUGCUCCGAGGACGGGAAGGUGUAUUUCUGGGACCUGGUGGAGGGUGCCCUGGCACUGGCCCUGCCCGUGGGUCCAGGUGUGGUGCAGUCACUGGCCUUCCACCCCACGGAGCCCUGCCUGCUGACCGCUGUGGGGGGCAGUGUCCAGUGCUGGCGGGAGGAGGCUUAUGAGGCUGAGGGUGGCACCAGCUGAAGGUGGGGACCCACUGCCGCCAAGGACACGGACACAGACCCAGCAGGAUCACGGAGACCAUUUAUUCUAGACACGAGGCUGAUCGAGGAGGCAGGGAGGGGUUGGGUGUGCAAGCUAAUAAAUAGAGGCGAGGGGGGACUUCCCUGGAACCGUAGCCACUCAGGCAUCAUUCUUCUCAGGCACGAAGGCAUCUCUCCUCUGGGCAAAGGUUUCAGCCACAAGCAGGGGGAAGACCAGGGAGGCGUCGGCAUAGACCUGCAGACGGGACCCGGGUGAACUACAGGGCCCGUGGCUGCGCUCUGGGAG